AUGAAGAACUAUAUUUCACUUCGUCCACUCGCGAGAGCGUCUACAUCUAUCAAUAGGCUGUAUAAGUGCAGACUGCCGUCUAUAUGCUCGUCACAACGUCGAAACUACUCUACGCAUCCGCCGAAUGCGCGACUCAACUUGCCGCCUGACUAUUCAACAACGCCGCUCUUAGCACACAGCUCGCAAGCAGCACUUUCUAACCCAGAGUUACCGCCUGAAGCUAGAAAUGGUACAGCGAAACGUAUGAAUUUAUUCCAGGCCAUAAACGAUGCCCUGUCGAUAGCGCUUGCUGAGGACGAAAACGUUCUGGUAUUUGGCGAAGAUGUAUCCUUCGGUGGUGUGUUCCGCUGUACGAUGAAGCUUGCCGAGAAUUUUGGAGGAGCUCGCGUCUUCAAUACACCUCUGACGGAGCAAGGUAUCAUGGGCUUCGGCAUCGGGUUAGCCGCCGAGGGUAUGCGACCCGUAGCCGAAAUCCAGUUCGCUGACUACGUCUACCCUGCAUUCGACCAAUUGGUAAACGAGGCUGCGAAAUACAGAUACCGCGAAGGAGGGACGGGGAGAAGUGCGGGCGGCCUGACGGUGCGAAUGCCGUGCGGAGGCGUCGGUCACGGAGCACUAUACCACUCACAGUCACCCGAGAGCCUUUUCACUCAUAUCCCUGGUUUAAGAGUGAUAAUGCCGAGAUCUCCACUACAAGCCAAGGGAUUGUUGCUUUCUGCUAUUAGGAGCAACGACCCGUGCGUUUUCCUGGAACCCAAAAUCCUGUACCGAGCAGCUGUCGAACAAGUGCCGACAAACCCAUAUACCUUACCCCUCUCCAAGGCAGAGAUACUUAAGGAGGGCAAAGACGUUACUAUUAUCUCAUAUGGACAGCCACUAUAUACUUGCAAUGCUGCCAUUCAAAAGGCGGAGGAAGACUUGAGAAUUUCGAUAGAACUCAUUGACCUGCGAACCGUAUAUCCUUGGGACAAGGAAUGCGUUUUCGAGAGCGUGCGGAAGACGGGUAGAUGCAUGGUAGUGCACGAAUCCAUGGUAAACGCAGGAAUAGGGGCCGAAGUAGCCGCGGCGAUCCAAGAGGACCCAGACACGUUUAUAAGGCUCGAAGCUCCGGUUUCGCGAGUAGCAGGAUGGAGUAUAUUCACUCCGCUGAUGUUUGAGAAGUUCAACAUCCCCGACGUAGCUAUACCCAAGAUGGCUACCUCUUUAGAAACCGUGGAGUCCUUUGUAGAGGGUGCACCCCCUGGCGAGGUAUAUAUCAAAGCCCUAACUUUCAACGAACCCGACAUUGUCUCUAGACUGGGACCAGCAUUCCAGAGGUACAACGAGGAGCAGUUCGUCACCGCCAAGCUGCCCGGCAGCACCCAACAAGUUAUCAUCAGCUCGCAUAGCUCCCUCGGCGACGGACGAUACUACGACGUUGAGAGCUCGUCAAGCUUUACCUUCGACCAUGCCACCCAAAGAGCGAGCAAUGUCCAGAGCUACGUGCUAGAAGGGCCCCAGGCAGAUUUAGUGAAAUCGACACUAAAAAGUGUCUCGGCAUACGUCAAAGAGCACUUCCCGAACGGCUCAUACGGCGUAUACUCGAUCGAAGGAGACUCUAAGGUCGCCGUUAUAAUCGUGGCCAACAAGUACAGCCCGAACAACUACUGGAACGGCCGCUGGCGCUCCCUCUACAUCUUCGAUCCGUCGAGCAACAGCCUCGAGGGCAGCAUCAAGGUCGACGUGCACUACUACGAAGAUGGCAACGUACGUCUACUCACCAACAAGCCCAUCACCGCAUCCGUGUCGUCGAGCACCGGAGCCGGUAUCGCCAAGGAGAUCAGCGCCAGCGAGCGCAAGUACCAGGAGGAGCUGAACAGGGGAUUCACGAGCCUGAGCGAGGGCGCCUUCAAGGGCCUGCGGAGACAGCUGCCCGUCACGCGCCAGAAGAUCGAGUGGGAUAAGGUCGCGAGUUACCGUGUCGGACAAGAUAUUGGAGGGGCUGCCAGAAGAUAG